AUGCCCAACAACAGUUUAGAUUCCCACCUAUUCAAAAUAAAUAGCUUGUUAAGUUGGAAAAUCAGAUACAAAAUAGCUCAAGGUUUGGCCUCCGGCUUAUUCUAUCUACGCGAAGGAUGGGAACAAUGUGUGCUGCACAGGGAUAUCAAGUCCAGCAACGUUAUGUUGGAUUCAAAUUUCAAUGUGAAACUUGGUGAUUUUGGAUUAGCUCGACUUGUGGACCAUGAAAAACAGUCACCAACAACAAUUGUGGCUGGAACUAGAGGCUACAUGGCUCUGGAAUAUGUUACUACAGGAAAGGCUAGCAAGGAAUCAGAUAUCUACAGCUUUGGUGUGGUUGCUUUGGAAAUAGCUUGCGGGAGAAAACCGAUCGAUCUCAAUUUAGAAAGUAGUGAAAUCGAAAUGGUGGAGUGGGUUUGGGAGCUUUAUGGAGAAGGGAAAGUUAUUCAAGCAGCCAAUCCAAAACUCUAUGGACAAUUUGAUGAGAAUGAAAUGGAGAGCUUGAUGACUGUUGGGUUGUGGUGUGCUCACCCAGAUUAUAGAUUCAGACCUUCAAUACAACAAGCGAUUCAAGUGCUUAACUUGGAAGUUCCAUUGCCUAUUCUCCCAUCAAAGAUGCCAGUUGCCACCUAUUUUGCACCUCCAACAUCACUUUCAAUGUUGUCCAAUCAAACGACUACUUCUGAAAGAGGUCAAACUGAGUCAGGCUGCUAUAGGUAUAGCACCAAUUCUUUCCAAGUCACCCCAUCUUCCACACCACAAUUCUUUUCCACAGAGACUGAAGCCCAAAUUUUGUCAGGAUACAGUUACAGCACCAAUUCCUCACAACUCACUGCAUCUCCUACAACGCAGUUCUUGUCCAUCGACACUGAAGCACAGUUCUUGUCCACGGACACUGAAGAACAGUUCUUGUCCAUCGACACUGAAGCACAAGUCUUGCCCAUUGACAACACUGCAGCUUGA